AUCGGAACCGUCAGUGUUUUGUUUAGACAAAUAGUGAAUGAGUCGGAAAUACCCGAUAAAAAUUAUGAGCAAUGGUUUGGAGUAUUGCAGCAAAAGUUGAUUACAGCAAAAGAGGCGGACAAUCAAACCAAUAACGUAUGGCUUAUGGCCGACGACUUGGGUAUUAAUGGAAUCGUAGGCAUGCGAUUAGAACCCGGAGGAGAAAACUUUAGAUAUAUAUUCAAUAUGGACUCCAAUAGUGAGACAAACAUUGACUUCAAUACUAAACCCUAUUCUGAUAUAUUGGCCAACGAUUUGGUCGCGAAUGUUAUCAAAGGGGGAAAACUGGGAACUUAUAGACACAUAAAACUACCCAAAGAUAGUGAUAAAGUCCUUUCCAAUGAGUAUUUUCUAAAUUUGGGUCAAACUCGAGAUCUCGCAGGUCUUCAAUGCACCGGAUUAUCAUUUCACGACGUUAUGUUAGCCACAGGUCGUAUCCCAUCGGGUCCUGAGGUUGUAUUCAUGGACUGUACAAUUGGUGGUGAAUUCGCCGGUCGUUUGGCCGAAACGGGGGAACGGGUUAUGGGUAUGGAAUCGGGCCGUUGUUUUGCGACAUCGGUAUACGCGGCGACUCAUACUUACGCUAAAAUCCCUGACAACUGGUCUAUAAACGAUGCCGUCUCUAUAUUGAGUACUUAUAGUACAGCUUAUUAUGGAUUGAUUAAAGCCGGAAGACUUAGGAAAGGUGAAAGCAUUUUGAUACACUCGGCGGCCGGAGGUGUGGGACAGUCGGCUAUAAAUAUCUGUAAACAUUAUGAAUGCGAUAUAUAUGUGACGGUCGGUAACGACGAGAAAAAACAGUUUUUGAUAAAUGAAUACAAUAUACCGGAGAACAAAAUAUUCAACUCAAGAGAUAUACUCUUCAAGAAUCAGAUAAUGGAAGCGACGGAAGGAAAGGGAGUCGACGUUGUGUUGAAUUCAUUGUCCGGAGAGAAACUGGACGCGAGCUAUAGUUGUGUGGCCAACCAUGGUCGGUUUGUGGAGAUGGGCAGAUUCGACAUGGUCCAGAAUAAAAAACUGGGCAUGUUUGAUUUUGUGCGCAACAUUGAUUUCAUUAGCGUAGUGUUAGAUCUCGUUCUGCUUGAUUAUCCGGACUUUUUGCCCGAGUUUUACGAUUGGGUUCACAAGAACUGCACCAAUGGUUGUGUGAAACCAAUCAAUCAAAAUGUGUUUCCGGCGGCGGAAGCGGAGAAGGCUUUCCGUUAUAUGACAACCGGUAAACACACGGGAAAGAUAGUCAUCAAAACCAGAGACGAAGAGACAAAUAGAGGGCCUUUGAAAGCAGUAAAACCUGUGCCCGAAAUGUUGGUCAGCGCUAAGACUUACUUCAAUCCAAACAAAGUCUAUAUAAUAACCGGAGGUUUGGGUGGUUUUGGUCUGGAAUUGAUUCCAUGGAUGCAAUACUUCGGCGCCCGAAAGUUUGUGGUCACCUCUCGAUCC